AUGAUGAAUAUUUUACGAAUUGCAGAUUUUUUUGGAGUGCCCUUUAUUCAAUAAAUCGAUUAAAAGUAAUCAAUUUACAAAAGUGCUUUUGGAGGAUUAAUUACUUUUCUUAUUUGUUCUGCAAGUUUGGGAUAUGCAAUUUGGGUGCUCUACUAAUGGUAGAACAAUUAGUUAAGUCCUAAGAUAUCUAAUUCAAUGUAUGUAUCAGAUUUUUCUCUAUUGGAUUUAAAUUAUGAUGUUCUCAAACUCUAUUAUUGGAGAAUUGAAGAAGAUUAUAUUGAUCCUUUUGAAUCUAAAAUAUUAAUUCCUUUAGUUAUGUACACAACUAAUUUUAGUUUUACAGAACUUUAAACUAUAAAUAAAUCAAAUGAAAUAUCUAAUGAUGGAUAACAAUAUUAUUUACCAAAAAUGAGCUUAGCAUUUUAAAAUAUAGAUGGUGUUAUAUAUACAACAUCUGAAAUGUACAUAUAAAUAGUUAAAUGUUCAGAAAUUUAUCUUAAUGAAAAUGAAAAAUGUGCAUCUGAGGAAUUAGUAGAGCAAUUCUUUUCAUAGCCUGUUAAUACAAUUAUUUUACAGUUACAUUAUAAAUAGUUGAAUUCUCGAGAUGGAACAGAAUAAACGAGUUAUUAAGAGUUUUACAUUUAAAUUGAACGAUAGAAUUGUUAUACACUUAAUACUUUUCUAUAAAGUAAUUUUUAUGAGGUUCAAGAUUCUUUUUUAUUUGGAUUUUCAAGAUAUAUUGAAUAUAUUAAUGGUGCAAUUAUAUAACCUUAAACAAAUUCAUUAGAAUUUUGUAAAUAAGGUUAUGGAAAUGAUGCUUUAGGUGUAAUUUUCUUAAUAAUGAAAGGAAAUCAAAUUAAAACUAUUUUUGAAUAUCCAAAUGCAGGUGAUCUAUUAGCUAAUAUUGGUUCAAUUGUAUCUGUAUUAUUUAUGAUCAAACAUGUUAUUAUCAUUUUCAACUAAUACUAUCUCAAUAAAAAAAUAUUGAAAGAAUUAAUAUAAAUCUAUUAUCCAGAAUUUAAAAAUAUCACUUUUAAAAAAAAUUGGAGAUAAAAAACCAUAAAAGUAUUUCAUAAUAAAUUAGAAGUAGAUUUGAAUUAAUUUAAAUUAUUUUAUAAGAAAAUAAAAACUUAGAUUUAACCAAAAUUAAGUUACAUCAAUUUAUUAUAUGAAAUGUCAAGAAUAUAUUUCAUUAUUAGAUCAUUUAAAUAUAGAGAAGAACUUAAACGAUCUCAUUAAAUAGGAAUUAAAAUUGAUCUGACAUAACCAAAAGAAUUUAUCGAUUCAGGUUUGAGCCCCAAUUUAAAAAAUAGAAUCUCAUUUACAGGAUAAUUGCUUAAUGAUGAUGAUACAGAUUUAUUAUCUUUUUAUAAUUAAAGUAGAGAAAAAAAUAAUAUAAUGAUUCCAGAUGAAAUUUACUUAGAAAAUGAUUUUUAUGAAAUUAAUAAAGUUUAUUGA